ACUAAAUUUUUACAAUUCAACAUCGCAAUGUUCAGCACUAAGGCAACACAUUUGAUAACGUGCGGCAUAUGAUGAAGAUCAUAUAACUUCUUGAUCACAUGUGUCUAAAGGUUUCUUUGACCCCCAAAACAAUGAUACUGGAUUGAUUUCGAUCAAGAAUGAAAAGAAGGUUAAGAAAAUAUCUAGCAAAAUGAAGGCAUUAUGUUGGCUCCAUAGACCCAUGAGUUCAAUGUCUCAGGCUUCAAUUAAACCGAGGCAUAGGAAAUUAAUCGCAGUGGAAACUGAAAUAUACUCUCCCUCGAUCAAUUCAGAUAUACACUAUCGAGGAUACCCGCUGAGGCAGCUGGUGAAACAAAGUACAAUAACAGACGUAGCACACCUUCUACUGAAAAAGGAUUUGCCAGAUGUAGAAAGCCGGCAAGAAUUUAUCAAUCGGAUGAAUGAAGGUAUAAACCUCCUUCCUUCGUCAAUACAUACGCUCCAUGGUCUUAUGCCACCAGAAGCUAAUGUAACGGAUGUAUUAAUGGCGUCCUUGAGCUUUUUGGAAAUGGAUUCUAAUCCAGAGGAACUGGCAUAUGAAGCUGUUUGUGGUCAGUGUCUAGCCAUAAUGAGCCAAUGGCAUUGCAAAACGAGUGAUAAUAUACCGUCCACGGAAAACCCGAUCGUGGAUUUUAUUUUACAUAUACUAGGCUCCAGUACUAACAACUCCCUCGAUAGUGAAACAAAGGAGUUGCUCAAUACUAUCGCAAUAUUAUAUACCGAUCACGGCCUGACGAAUGCGUCAUAUGCUGCUCGCUUGUGUACAACGGAAAGGGGUAGCGUAUAUUCAAGCUUAAUAAGCGCACUCGCCGCCCAUAAGAAAUGUAUACCAAUGUUCUCAUGGCAAAACUAUAAAGCCUUCAUAAAUGCUUCCAAUAUCGAAAUCAACACACUUUUAAAAACAUUACAUGAGGAAAAACGUUUGCCAAAGCCAUUUAGAGAUUUUGUACACCCCUCGAAAGAUCCAAGAACCGUUAUAUUGAUGGAGCACUGUGAUCACGAAAAGAUAGUUGAAUUAACAGAGAUUGAUAAUAAAUUUGAUAGAAAGUGCCACCUGCGCUUUGACGUAUUCGUCUACCACCUCAUGAGAAGGUUAUUCCAUGACGAUCCAGAAAAGGCAUUAGUUGCCAUGAGGAUUGUUAUUUUGGUGCCUAGGAUAUUAGGCUGGCUAGCCCAUAUCGCAGAACAAAAGGAGGUUAAACGAACGAUACAACAUAUAGCAGCAUAUGUUGGACCACCACCAAGAUCAAUUGAUAGCUAGUUACACCAAAUUCAAUCGUAUUAUUACAAC